AAUCACUCCCAUGCCGAGCCACUGCCAAAGUUCCCACCGGAUUUCCGGUGGCUGUAGAGGAUCGUUCUUUGGCAGAUGUCGGGAUUCUGAAUUUCUUCUUGUUAAGGUCUCAAUAUGCUUCUCCUUCUGCACUUUAUUUAGUGGAUGAAAUUUAUGUUCGUGAAUUGUUCGAUGGUACGCUCAGAAGCCAAAGGGCAAAUGGUUAAUGGCAAAUCUUAUGCUAUGCGCGCUCUGUGUAUCAAUCCUGACUCCAUCAAUCUCUCCGACCUCCUUCAGGGCCGCAUUAGCAAUUCCCAUCUUCGUCAAAUCCACGCCCGAGUCUUUCGUCUGCUGAAGCAUCAAGACAAUCUUAUUGCCACUCGACUUAUCGGCCACUACCCACAUUCUGUUGGACUCAGUGUUUUCAAUCAACUCAUACGCCCCAACAUAUUUCCUUGCAAUGCCAUUAUCAGAGUACUUGCUGAACACAACUCUUCGUUCCUUGCCUUUUCCAUCUUCAAAUCUUUGAAGCACCUUUCACUUUCCCCUAAUGACUUCACUUUUUCUUUCCUUCUCAAAGCGUUUCAUCGCUCCAGCCAUGCUCUAAAUGUGAAACAAGUUCAUACCCAUGUCCUGAAAAUGGGUUAUUUAGGUGAUUCUUUUAUCUCCAACGCUCUUCUUGGAGUCUACGCGAGAGGCUUGAAGGAUAUGGCUUCUGCACAUAAGCUGUUCGAUGAAAUGUCGGGUAGGGAAAUAGCUUGUUGGACUUCUUUGAUUGCUGGCUAUGCCCAGAUGGGUCUUGCUGAAAAUGCUCUGCUGCAUUUUGUGAUGAUGAUCGAAGAGAAUAUGCAGCCGGAGGAUGACACCAUGGUUAGUGUUCUGUCUGCUUGUUCCAAGUUUCAUAUUGCUGAAAUUGAGAAAUGGGUUGUAGAAUUAAGACAAUUGGUUAAUAAAUUUGAUCCCAAGAGCUCUUGUUGUGAUUCAAUCAAUAUUGUUCUUAUUUAUCUAUAUGGGAAAUGGGGGAAGAUUGAGAAGAGUGAAGAGAAGUUUAAUGAAAUUGUUGAUAAGAGAAGUGUGCUUGUUUGGAAUUCAAUGAUAAACGCAUAUUUUCAGAAUGGUUGCCCUGUGGAAACCUUGACCCUUUUCCGUUUAAUGGUUGAAAAUUCCCAUUGCAAACCGAACCAUGUUACAAUGGUUACUGUUCUUUCGGCUUGUGCUCUAAUAGGAGAUUUGCAGCUCGGAUGUUGGGUUCAUGACUUUCUCGAACACGGUGGACGUAGAGGUGUCAUUGCAUCAAACAAAAUGUUAGCCACUGCAUUGAUUGAUAUGUAUUGUAAAAGUGGUAGCUUGGAGAGGGCAAAAGAAGUUUUUCAUCAACUAAUCAACAAAGAUGUCAUCUCCUUCAAUGCCAUGAUCAUGGGCCUUGCAGUUAACGGGAAGGGCGACGAGGCAUUGAAGCUUUUCGCCCAAAUGCAAGAGGUUGAUAUAAGACCAACGACUGGAACAUUUGUUAGCUUAUUAUCUGCUUGUAGCCAUUCGGGGUUUCUAGAACAAGGACGUCAAAUUUUUAUUGAAAUGACUACCCGCUAUUUCAUAUUGCCUACUUUAGAACACUAUGCUUGUUACAUUGAUCUUCUUGCUCGGGCUGGCCACUUUGAAGAUGCUCUUGAAGUUGUUUCAACCAUGCCUUUUGAACCUAAUAAUUGUGUUUGGAGUUCUCUGCUGGGAGGCUGCCUACUCCAUUCGAAAUUUGAGUUGGCACAAUAUGUUUCCAAAAAGCUUGUUGAAGUGGAUCCUGAAAACUCUGCUGGCUAUGUAAUGCAGGCUAAUUCAUUUGCUACGGAUCUUCAAUGGGAUGAUGUCUCGGCUUUGAGAUGGUUUAUGAGAGAAAAGGGUGUCCAUAAGCAGCCAGGCCAGAGUUGGAUCAGUAUAGAUGGAAUUGUACAUGAAUUUUUCUCAGCAAUGAAAUCACAUCCUUCUGUCGAUCUAUUAUACAAUACCUUGAAUGAGCUUGAAAAGCAAAUGAAGCUAGUCCUCCCAUAGAAAAAAAACUCACAAGGACCUGAAAUCGGGGAUGACGAUUGACACUGCCCGACACGAUAGGGGACUCUACUUUCUUUCUGACGAGGCUUCCUCUAGGAAUGAUUACCAAUCGGGGUUUAUGUCUUUAAAUUUCUCUGUUUUUGAAAAUGAUGUUAUGUUAUGGCAUUUUCGCUUAGGACAUUCGAAUUUUCAAUAUAUGAAAUAAUUAUUUCCUUA